AUUUGAUUAACUAUGGUAAAGAAUAGCUUAUAUAAUAGUCAAAAGUAUCUGUGGCAUCUACUUACACUAUAGGAGAAUCAAUAUCAUCAUUAGAUAUAAGUCAAGAAUAUACAGCUGCAGGUUUAUUGGAUGAAACAGUGGCAUUAUGGAAAGAUAAAGUAUCAAAGGAAAAUGAACCAUAAAGAUUGGAAGGGCAUUUUUUAGGGAUUGUUGAUAUAAAAUUUUCAAAUAAUGGUGAAUUACUUGCAGUAAGUUCAUUAGAUAGUGUUAUUCGUAUUUGGGAUUUAAAGAAAAGUAUAAAAUCAAAAGAAAUUGCAUGUGAUUAAAUGGAGAAUUGGAAUAUUUGUUGGUUAAAAGAUUAUAUAUGUACUGCAGGUGAAGGUGGUAGAUUGUCUAUGUUUAGUAUGGAUCAAAAUCAAGAAGAAAUUCCAGUUUUUUCAGUUGAGAAUUCAUUUGGCUCAGCAAUUACUGCUAAUAAUGCAAAUAUUGCUGUAGGAACAGAUAGUGGAUCAUUACAUAUUGUUGAAGAUCCUAUUGAAAAGAGAAAGCUUCAUUCAAAAAAAAUUCAUAAAAAAAUGGUGAGAUCUGUAAAAUUUAGUAAUGAUGGUUUUAAAGCUUUUACAAGUUCAGAUGAUGGAGAUAUAAAACUAAUUGAUUUAACUAAAAUGAAAGAAAUUAAAACAUUUUAACAUCAUUAUUCUGUUAAUUCAAUUGAUGUUAAUCCUAUAGAUGAUAAAUUAGUUGUUAGUUGUUCAUCUGAUUAUAAAGUUAGAUUAUGGGAUACAUCAUCUGGAUAAUGUAUUGAAUAAUUUAGUCCAUUUGAUAAAAAAGAUGAUAAAUUAUGGGCUGUUCGUUUUAAUAGAGAUGGAUCAUUAAUUGGAGUAUGUUCAUAAUAAGGUUAAUUAAGUUUCUAUAGUAGAAAUUGA